UGCAAGUGACGUCAUGUCACCUCGUGACGUCACGAGGGACCAGGAAGUUGCCGCUCCGCGCUCGCACUGCAAUCCGAGGCCACGCCCGCUUGAGCUGCUGUACCGCUCUUGUUUUCAGAAGCGACCUGCCAACAACAACAACAAGGCAGAGGUGGGACAAAGUCAUUGUUAUGCAAGUCCAAGUCGAAUCUGAAGUCAUCAAAUUCAUGACUCGAGUCUGACUCGAGUCCACACCUCUGCAACAAGCUGUCGCUGCCUCUGCAGAAGUGGUCUCAUGGAGCAAAGGCACUCGGCGCAGCUCGGUGCAAAAAGGCAUCAAUGCGACCGGUGUGCAUACAGCACGGAUCGUCCUGCACAUUUGACACUGCACCAGAGAACUCACACUGGGGAGAAACCCUUCAAGUGCAGUGUGUGUGGGAAGGCGUUUGCACGGUCAUCUACUCUUGUAGAACACCAGAGAACACACACGGGAGAGAAACCCUUCAAGUGCAGUGUGUGUGGGAAGACGUUUGCACAUUCAUCUGCUCUUGUAGCACACCAGAGAACUCACACGGGAGAUAAACCCUUCAAGUGCAGUGUGUGUGGGAAGGUGUUUGGACAGUCAUCUGCUCUUGUAAAACACCAGAGAACCCACACGGGAGAGAAACCCUUUAAGUGCACUUUGUGUGGGAAGGCGUUUUCAUAUUCAUCUGCUCUUGUAAGACACCAGAGAACACACACGGGAGAGAAACCCUUUAAGUGCACUUUGUGUGGGAAGGCGUUUUCAGAUUCAUCUGCUCUUGUAAAACACCAGAGAACCCUCAUGGGAGAGAAACCCUUCAAGUGCAGUGUGUGUGGGAAGGCGUUUUCACGUUCAUCUGAUCUUAAAAUACACCAGAGAACACACACGGGAGAAAAACCCUUCAAGUGCGGUGUGUGUGAGAAGGCGUUUACACUUUUACCAAAUCUUCAAAGACACCAGAGAACACACAAGCAUCAGAAGAUCCACCAGGAGUGGAGUCUGAAAUCAGCUUGUGAAAGUCAAAGUUCUGCAAUGAGCCCAUCCCUCAUGAAACAAGAACCGGAAGAACAUCCCAGCCUGGACACUUUCAAAGAAAUCGAGGUGAAAUAUGAAGAGGUGAAGGUGGAAUGUGAAGACGUGAUGGUAAAGAGCGAAGAAGUGAAGGUAAAAUGUGAAGAUGAAGAUUCAACUCCAAAAUCGGACUUUCACAUCGAUGGAGGCAACGUGAAGCAGGAGGAGAAUUCUGACUGUGAGGCAGAGCGAGGCAACUCCCAGCAGUUUGUGGAAGUGGAGGUGUGGGUGGACUUCCUCCGAGACAGUACAAAGUCGAAUGGAGACCCGGUAGAUGUACGUGAAGUAUUUCCCAGCAAUGGAGUGCAGUUUGUCGUGAAGGAGGAUGAGGGCCUGUUUGAAGAUAACAUCAGAAAAGUUGACGUCCAGCGUGACCUCAUCGGCGUCAAACGCCAGGGAAGGUGCCACGCCCACUUGAGCUGCAAUACCGCUCUUGUUUUCGGAAGCGACCUGCCCACAACAACAAUAACAACAAGCUGUCGCUGCCUCUGCAGAAUUGGUCUGAUGGAGCAAAGGCACUCUGCGCAGCUCGGUGCAAUAAGGCAUCAAUGCGACCGGUGUGCAUACAGCACGGAUGGUCCUGCACAUUUGACACGGCACCAGAGAACUCACACAAGAGAGAAACCCUUCAAGUGCAGUGUGUGUGGGAAGGCGUUUUCAGAUUUAUCUACUCUUGUAAAACACAAGAGAACACACACGGGAGAGAAACCCUUCAAGUGCAGUGUGUGUGGGAAGGCAUUUUCACAGUCAUCUACUCUUGUAGCACACCAGAGAACACACACGGGAGAGAAACCCUUCAAGUGCAGUGUGUGUGGGAAGGCGUUUGCAUGUUCAUCUACUCUUGGAGCACACCAGAGAACACACACGGGAGAGAAACCCUUCAAGUGCAGUGUGUGUGGGAAGGCGUUUGCACGUUCAGCUCAUCUUGUAAAACACCAGAGAACACACACGGGAGAAAAACCCUUCAAGUGCAGUUUGUGUGGGAAGGCGUUUGCACUUUCACCAAAUCUUCAAAGACACCAGAGAUCACGCAAGCAUCAGAAGAUCCACAAGGAGUGGAGUCUGAAAUCAGCUUGUGAAAGUCAAAGUGCCUCAAUGAGCCCAUCCAUCAUCAAACAAGAACCGGAAGAAAAUCUCAGCUUGGACACUUUCAAAGAAAUCAAGGUGAAAUAUGAAGAGGUGAAGGUGAAAUGUGAAGAUGAAGAUUCAAUUCCAAAAUGGGACCUUCACAUCGAUGGAGACAACGUGAAGCAGGAGGAGAAUUCUCAUGUCACCUGCCUCGUGACGUCACGAUGUAACAGGAAGUUGCCGCUCCGCGCUCGCAUUGAAAUCCGAGGCCAAUUCCGCUUGAGCUGCUAUACCGCUCUUGUUUUCAGAAGCGACCUGCCAACAACAAGCUGUUGCUUCCUCUGCAGAAUUGGUCUUAUGGAGCAAAGGCACUCGGCGCAGCUCGGUGCAAAAAGGCAUCAAUGCGACCGGUGUGCAUACAGCACGGAUCGUCCUGGACAUUUGACACAGCACCAGAGAACACACACAGGAGAGAAACCCUUCAGGUGCAGUGUGUGUGGGAAGGCGUUUGCACGUUCAUCUCCUCUUGUAGCACACCAGAGAACACACACAGGAGAAAAACCCUUCAAGUGCAGUGUGUGUGGGAAGGCGUUUGCACGUUCAUCGACUCUUAAAAAACACCAGAGAACACACACGGGAGAGAAACCCUUCAAGUGCAGUGUGUGUGGGAAGGCGUUUGCACAUUCAUCGACUCUUAGAAAACACCAGGGAACACACACGGGAGAGAAACCCUUCAAGUGCAGUGUGUGUGGGAAGGCGUUUGCACAUUCAUCAACUCUUAAAAAACACCAGAGAACACACACGGGAGAGAAACCCUUCAAGUGCAGUGUGUGUGGGAAGGCGUUUUCACAGUCACCUGCUCUUGUAGAACACCAGAGAACACACACGGGAGAGAAACCCUUCAAGUGCAGUGUGUGUGGGAAGGCAUUUUCAGUUUCAUCAAAUCUUCAUGUACACCAGAGAACACACACGGGAGAGAAAGCCUUCAAGUGCAGUGUGUGUGGGAAGGCGUUUCCACAUUCAUCUGAUCUUGUAACACACCAGAGAACACACACAGGAGAGAAACCCUUCAAGUGCAGUGUGUGUGGGAAGGCAUUUUCAGUUUCAUCAAAUCUUCAUGUACACCAGAGAACACACACGGGAGAGAAAGCCUUCAAGUGCAGUGUGUGUGGGAAGGCGUUUGCACGUUCAUCUACUCUUAAAAUACACCAGAGAUCACACACGGGAGAGAAACCCUUCAAGUGCAGUGUGUGUGGGAAGGCUUUUGCACAGUCAUCUACUCUUGUAGAACACCAGAGAACACACACAGGAGAGAAACCCUUUAAGUGCAGUGUGUGUGGGAAGGUGUUUGCACAGUCACCACAUCUUCAAGUACACCAGAGAACACACACGGGAGAGAAAGCCUUCAAGUGCAGUGUGUGUGGGAAGGCGUUUGUACAUUCAUCUACUCUUGUAGAACACCAGAGAACACACACGGGAGACAAACCCUUCAAGUGCAGUGUGUGUAGGAAGGCGUUUGCACGUUCAUCUGCUCUUGUAGAACACCAGAGAACACACACAGGAGAGAAACCCUUCAAGUGCAGUGUGUGUGGGAAGGCGUUUGCACUUUCAUCUGCUCUUACAAAACACCAGAGAACACACACGGGAGAGAAACCCUUCAAGUGCAGUGUGUGUGGGAAAGCGUUUGCACUUUCAUCAAAUCUUCAUGCACACCAGAGAACACACAUGGGAGAAAAACCCUUCAAGUGCAGUGUGUGUGGGAAGGCGUUUACACAGUCAUCUGCUCUUGAAAGACACCAGAGAACACAGAAGCAUCAAAAGAUCCACAAGGAGUGGAGUCUGAAAUCAGCUUGUGAAAGUCAAAGUGCUGCAAUGAGCCCAUCCCUCAUCAAACAAGAACCGGAAGUGUAUCCCAGCUUGGACACUUUUAAAGGUAUCGAGGUGAAACAUGAAGAGGUGAAAUGUGAAGAAGUGAUGGUGAAGAGCGAAGAAGUGAAGGUAAAAUGUGAAGAUGAAGAUUCAACUCCAAAAUCGGACCUUCACAUCGAUGGAGGCAACGUGAAGCAGGAGGAGAAUUCUGACUGUGAGGCAGAGCGAGGCAACUCCCAGCAGUUUGUGGAAGUGGAGGUGUGGGUGGACUUCCUCCGAGACAAUACAAAGUCAAAUGAAGACCCGGUAGAUGUGUGUAACAGGAAGUUGCCGCUCCGCGCUCGCAUUGAAAUCCGAGGCCAAGCCCGCUUGAGCUGCUAUACCGCUCUUGUUUUCAGAAGCGACCUUCCCACAACAACAACAACAACAAGCUGUCGCUUCUUCUGCAGAAUUGGUCUGAUGGAGCAAAGGCACUCGGCUCAGCUCUGUACAACAAGGCAACAAUGCGACCGGUGUUCAUACAGCACGGAUCAUCAUGGACAUUUGACACAACACCAGAGAACUCACACGGGAGAUAAACCCUUCAAGUGCAGUGUGUGUGGGAAGGCGUUUGCACAGUCAUAUGCUCUUGUAAUACACCAGAGAACCCACACGGGAGAGAAACCCUUCAAGUGCGGUGUGUGUGGGAAGGCGUUUGCACUUUCAUCUACUCUUGUAGAACACCAGAGAACACACACGGGAGAGAAACCCUUCAAGUGCAGUGUAUGUGGGAAGGCGUUUGCACAUUCAUCUACUCUUGUAAAACACCAGAGAAUCCACACGGGAGAGAAACCCUUCAAGUGCAGUGUGUGUGGGAAGGCGUUUGCACAGUCAUAUGCUCUUGUAGAGCACCAGAGAACACACAUGGGAGAGAAACCCUUCAAGUGUAGUGUGUGUGGGAAGGCGUUUGCACAGUCAUCUGCUCUUGUAAAACAUCAGAGAACACACACGAGCGAGAAACCCUUCAAGUGCAGUGUAUGUGGGAAGGCGUUUGCACAGUCAUCUGCUCUUGUAAUACACCAGAGAACCCACACGGGAGAUAAACGCUUCAAGUGCGGUGUGUGUGGGAAGGCGUUUGCACUUUCAACUAAUCUUGUAGAACACCAGAGAAUACACACGGGAGAGAAACCCUUCAAGUGCAGAGUGUGUGGGAAGGCGUUUGCACAGUCAUCUACUCGUGAAGCACACCAGAGAACACACACAGGAGAGAAACCCUUCAAGUGCAGUGUGUGUGGGAAGGCGUUUGCACAUUCAUCUACUCUUGUAAUACACCAGAGAACCCACACGGGAGAUAAACCCUUCAAGUGCAGUGUUUGUGAGAGGGCGUUUACACAGUCACAUCAUGUUGUAGCACACCAGAGAACACACAUGGGAGAGAAAUCCUUCAAUUGCAGUGUGUGUGGGAAGGAGUUUGCACUUUCAUCAAAUCUUCAUGUACACCAGAGAGCACACAAGCAUCACAAUAUCCACCAGGGGUGGAGUCUGAAAUCAGCUUGUGAAAGUCAAAGUGCCGCAAUGAGCCCAUCCCUCAUCAAACAAGAACCGGAAGAAAAUCCCAGCUUGGACACUUUCAAAGGUAUCAAGGUGAAAUAUGAAGAGGUGAAGGUGAAAUGUGAAGAAGUGAUGGUGAAGAGCGAAGAAGUGAAGGUAAAAUGUGAAGAUGAAGAUUCAACUCCAAAAUCUGAUCUUCACGUCGAUGGAGGCAACGUGAAGCAGGAGGAGAAUUCUGACUGUGAGGCAGAGCCAGGCAACUCCCAGCAGUUUGUGGAAGUGGAGGUGUGGGUGGACUUCCUCCGAGACAAUACAAAGUCAAAUGGAGACCCGGGAGAUGUGUAAGGCAGUGACGAUGCUGCUCCAAUAGAUGCCCCUUUGUCACAGGUCUUUAAUGACAAGAAUGUGAAGUUAAACACUCGGUUCCUAGUAGGGGUCGGCACGGUUUGGCUCAAACCACCAAACCGCGGUUUGAACCGAACCAAAUCGGUUUGGUUUGGCUCUUUGAACUGGUUCGGUUUGGUUUGGGGCUACGAAAACCGACUCGGUUUGGCUCGGACAGGGUGGAACCGGCUCAAACUAGUUUGGUUGGUUGUAAAGGCCGAGUACAGCAAUAUCAAGGACAUGAUGACGGACAUUCUCAACCAGCGCUACCCAGCGUUGACGACGGACGCGGCGCCGAAGGCGGCGCCGCGUGGCGGCAUUAACAUCCUCUUUGACAUGGUCUACGCGCCCAACGCUCACGACGGCGCCGCCUCCGAGGUCGACUGCUUCCUGCUUGAGCCGACUCAGGACCUGAGCAUGGACGUCGUCGAGUGGUGGAAGCUGUACGGCGGCAAGUACCCGCGCCUACGACGCGUGGCCCUCGACUAUUUGCCUAUCCCGGCGUCGUCCGUGCCCUCCGAGAGAGCAAACUCGGCCGCCAAGCGCUCCUUUCUCGACCGACCAAACCUGCACAAGUGCACGUUCAAGGCCGAGAUGUGUGUGCGCUGGUGGGCGCGGAUGUUGCCUAGUGUUGGGGUUUCACUGCCAUUGAACUACCACACUGCGUUCAAGGACAUUGGGCGUGCCAAGCUUGAGGAGAUGGCUGUGGACGACAUCGUCGUCCAGUACUUGCUAGUGAAUCUCAAUAUGAAGAAAGCCUGCGUAGAAAUUAGCGAUUAAUACACUUGAUAUUUGUAUUGAAUGCGAAUAUUGUUUGCCGCGCAUCUUUUCGGUUCAAGCCAACUCAAGAGGUUUGGUUUAGCUUAGUUUGGUUUGGUUUUGGUUUGGUUUGGUUCAGUCGUCGCUAGUUUGGUUUGGUUUGGUUUGCUCAAUUUGAAACCAGUUUGAGUCGGUUCAAACCGUGCCGACCCCUAGUUCCUAGGUUCAACCUGCAGGGUAAGCGGCCAGUUUUUGUGGACCUGUGUGUUGGGUAGAUCUCUAACCAGGAGCGAGAGCCAAUAAGCUCUCAAACAUUCACUAUGUUAUCAUAAUUGCAUUUAUAUGGUGCUUGCUUAAUCGCCUCUGGCAACUCUGAGUUUUGUAUCGUAUCUAAUCAAACACUCCAAGAGCAUCCCCAAGUAGCUCCCCCUGUGUGGCACAAGGUGGUGGCCCUGCACCGGCCUGCACGUGGACAAGAGCCUGUCAGUAGGGGGCGAUGGUUGAUGUGGCAUCUCAGUUGUGUCGUUUGUAAUGUUUGGAAUUUGCUCAAUUUUGACCCAGACACCAGCAUGCAAUGGCCUAAUCGUUUUAAAUGGCGCAAUAGUAUGUUGUACAUACACUGUUAAGCAGACGGUGUGUAUUUUUUUAAAUAGCUUCUUAAUGCGAUGUAACCUGAUGCAGUAUAUUUCAGUGCAGUCAUUCAAUUUUGUUAAUAUGCCUGUCACUAAUUUAGAAUGAAUACUUGUCUGAUUGUGUGCGUACAUGUACCAUUUUGUCUAUAAGAGUCAAACAUUGAAUAAGUCAUGUUAGGACAACGUGUGUGUUUUGGAAGUAACCUGUACAGAUUACUCAGGUGAGACUCAUUGUUCUUGUGAUACAGGUCAAAGGGUAUUUUUGUGUUUUUAGGAAGCAUCUCCCUCUGGAGUAACUCAUUGUCUUUGAAAUAGGGAGCACACUCGGAUCAUUCAUCAGUUACAAGGCAUGCCACUCAAAAGUUAAACGUAGAGGAGAUACAUUCUCUACAACACGAAUUAUAAUUUUGUAUGGCGUGUUGACACAAAUUUCAUCUAACUAGGGAUAGAAAUGCUCCUUGCUGAUUAACAUCUGGAUGUUUAAGCUAUCGGUUAAAGCAAGCCUGGCUGCUGUUGAGGCGCUGUGCACCAAUAAGAGUUCACAGGUGGCUUGCACUGAAUCAAUGAUGCACUCCCAGAAGGCUGUGCUAGUUAUAGUUUGUGUAAACAUUCCUUUGUUUCGUGGAGAGACCGAUAAAUGAAAGAGGUGUCCGCUGAUCUUUUUUGUAUCUGUGUCCAUCGAUAUCUCACAUUGCUUACCACAUGUUUAUUUAAAUAUGCAAAGCGUCCUCGGGAGACGUCCCCUCAAAGUCACGGGUGGGUGAUGUCGGCGCCUCCCUGUCUCUGGUUUGUGACCUCGCCUCGUCCACGGGACGUGACGACUGUGCACUGUCUUGGAAUUCAUUCGCAGUCAUUAAAUCUUGACACAUACCAAAGAACACAAGAGAAGCCCAUCAGGUGUACUGCGUGUGGUAAGGCGUUUACAGGGUCAUCAAAUGUUCACAACCUCCGGAGAAUACAUGUACUAAAACCCUUAAAGUAAACUGUGUUCCGUCAUGCCUUUGACGUGUUUUUUUUACUGAAAAACGCGUAAAGAAAUCUACAAGGAGCCCAGUUUGAAAUUGACGUGCGAGUCAAAAGUGCAACAAUGAGUCGAUCUCGUAACAACAACCAGAAUACAAUUCCAGCUUUGAUACAUGGCCAGGAGUGGAAGUGUCAAGCGAAGAAGUUGCGCUUAAAAGUGAAGAAGAAGAUUCUGCUCCAGGACGCGACCUCCAUGUGGAUGCAGGCAGCGUGAAGCAGGAGCAGCAUUCGGACAGAAGGAGAGUGAGACGACCCGCAGGAGUUUGUGGAUAUGGAGGUGUGAGUGGAGUUUUUGGACACAGCAGAGUAGAAGGGGCUUGCACGUGUGAAGUGGAGUCUGGGAAGGUCUGCAACCAGAAGCGUGACAAUCUCCAAAGCAUUAAACUCAUUCACAGACUUCCCUCACGACAAGAAUGGAUGCAGCUGUAGGCGUCAUCCAGUCGAGCUAUGAGCUUUCAAUAAAUAUGCAAUCGCAGUGUAGUAAAAUAUUUUCGAAUUGCAAAGAGUGCCUUUCAUAAUCGCUCAUUAAUGUUGGUCAGGUUACUAGUGCCUGUAUGGUGGGUUCAUUCGUGCGAUUUGUUACGCAACUUGUGAGGUGACAGGUUAUUAACGUUGACCGUUUAAUUGUAGGCCAGUCGCCAACAAUAACAGCUGCAAUUUACCACUAAAUGAUGGUGAUAUCACCAUGGCGCUUGUGCCAGACCUGGUGCAUUUCGAGGCCCAGUGAAGUGUCGAAAGAUCACAGAGAGGAGGUCAUGGGACAGACCCAGGUGUCACGGGAUCACAGGAUAUCUGACCGAUGACUCGGAUGCCCCCAUUUCCACACGAUAGCACAACUUUGAAGAGCAGGCCACACAAACACAGUAUCUUACAAGUAGUAAUAACCAAAAAUAUACAUCCACUGAAACCUAUGUCCGAGUGCGUUUCUGAACUCGUACACGUUUUGAUCAGGCGACCUUAACCACCGUUAUCCAUUCGGGCUGUUUAUCUCCAUCCUGAUAUGGGAACAUUCCCACUUAACAAAAGGUGUGCGACUCGCAAAGGGGUUCGCACUUUUACCCCUUGGGUCAUCCAAACAUUCUUUUAAAGCAGACACUCCCUUCCACGACAAUUGCGACUGGGUGCUCCCACUGACUGUACGUGUCACCUCUGCACGAUAGUACAUGGCACUCGCCAUCACUCCACAAUUUGGGUUCGAGAUUACUCGCUAAUAUUGAUGUAAGCCACCUCGCCACACUUUAGUUAUUCAAUCACGGACCACUUCGGAGCCACAGCUGGGGGGAGAGAGAGGUGGGGGGGGCGACGGAGUUACCCUCGUGCUGUUAUUGUCUGCGCAGUGCGCAAUCUACCAGUGUUAAAACUGUACUUAUGUAUCUACCAGUUGUUACUUAUUUAUUGGACAUUUGUUACUUAUUUCCUGUUUUAAGUUCACUCGUUUCCGGUUAGUUUGCUUUAUUUGUGCACGUUAUGAUUUUAAUGUUAACAAUUGAUAGUGGAAUGUAUUACAAAUGUAAACUUCGUAUUAAUGAUGGAAAUAAGCUGCGGUAACGAUGUUAAAUAUAUUAAUGCAUGAGGCGUAUAUGCAGGUGCGGGCUGAAUUUUUUUUGACACAAAACGCUAUUUUUGCGGGGUAUAUGAGUCUGUGGGUUAUAUGCGUAUGCGGGAAAAUACGGUACUUGGGAAGUUUAUACAGGUAGGAACAAUAUGUUCCACACUGCCCACCAGGGAUUUUUUGUCUGUCUGUCUCAUGCAUAUUUGUCUGUCGUGCACGAAUGCGCUGUCCAACCAAGUUCCUACCUGCCACUCCGAAGGAACGUGUUUUGAUUUUGGCGGGUUUUAACGACACAUUUAUAUAUUUAUGCGAUCUAACUCAAAAAAACAACUCUUAUGGAUGUUAUUGGUCGCGAAAGCCUGCUACGUGUUAAACGGAUUAAAUGUCCUGCACCCCAACCAGACGACCAGGCCUGGCUUUUCGCCGUAGUCCGCUCCUUUCUUUACUGCGAGAUGGAUAUUGGCCAGAGAUGGUCGUGGUUAGUUUCGUUAUGAUGUGGUAUUUCCCCGCAUCUCAAAUGUGUGGGAGGGGUUUCUUUAUGCAAUUUCGGCUGGGUUUUGGCAAAUGCCAUUGGUUAAUUUGCUCGUAAAAAUAAGCCCUGCACCUGUUCUGAAUGCAACAAUGCACGCACUUCUCCACAUUCUGAAUCAAUCUCGGUGCACGUGGUUCGUGUGAUAAUUACGUAACUGAAAGCGCAUGCUGCACCGCUGAUCCAAUGGUCGCAUGCAUGGAACUCAUCAAUUCCUUCAUCACUUGACAAACCCAGAAGCUGCUCUUCCUGUGCCAGUUCACCAUCCCCCUCAUUCGGACACGUGGCCGUGUGCCACGCUUUGAUCCGAGGUGAAAUGUUUUCAUUAUCGUCGUCGUUACGUUGCUUUACCCGGGAAAGCCUCGCCUCUCCUUUUCUUUGUGUGAAUAUCUAUUGAAUAGGAACUGUCAAUCGAUGCAAUAUUAAAAUAUCCCAAUGUGGGGGCCCA